AGAGAGAGAGAGGGGGGGAAAGUUGCACUGCUAUAUAUAUUGAGCCGUGGGUUACAGUCACGCCUUCAGUAGUGAAAAGGAAGAUGAUACAGAGGCUACGCAGAACACUGAUGAGAUUGAUAUAAUUGGUGAGAAAAAAUGAAGAAAGAAAUUUAAUAGAAAGGAGAACGUUUCUUUGUAUCCCAGAAGACAGAUAUAUAUAUAACACAGCCAAGAUACUCAUCUUUAUUCUGGAUCAUCGGUUUUGGCCGCUUAACUCGAACAUUUUCAAUGGCACACCUUCCGCGAUGGAAGUCGGAUCUACCGAUGGAGACCAAUAUGUCCGACCCAGGGUAUGGCUCCUCCCCCUACCCCUCCCCCUCCCCCCCGGCACUCCCCCAGUGUGACUACACCGACUGGUCCCCGUCCUACUCCAUCAUCCCCUCCGUCUACCUACUGGCCUUCCUGGUGGGUUGCCUGGGCAACGGCCUGGUGCUCUGGGCAUACCUGAACCGGGCUGAGGGAAGGAAGGCCGGGCGGACCUCCAGAACCACCGGUGCCGCGACCACCAUCAGCAGAGCGUUCCUCGGCAAAAUCUUCCUGAGCAGUCGGUACGACGUCCGCGCCGGCGGGGGUCUCCGUGGAGACCGCCUCGACGGGACCUCAGGCCGCUACACGGCCACACCCGGCGGCGGCGGCGGUGGCGGCGGCGGCGGCGGAGCACCCCCUUGUUCCCACCCUACGUCCUCCGUUCCGUCCCCUCCGCGCCCCCCGCGUUCGCUGACCGACUCCCUGAUCGCGAGCCUGGCCUUAGCCGACCUGUGCUUCCUGGUCACUCUGCCCCUGUGGGCGGCGUACACGGCGCUGGGCUACCACUGGCCGUUCGGACAGCCCCUCUGCCAGGUCAGCAGCUUCCUGACGGCGCUCAACAUGUACGCCAGCGUGUUCAGCCUCAGCGUGCUGAGCGUGGAGCGCUACUGGGUGCUGAUUGGGCGGCAGCACUCGGGCCACCACGCCCCCAACGGCCGCCCCGGCAGGACGCGCCGGGUGCUGGGGGGAGUGUGGGCGCUGGCGGGGGUUCUGGCGCUUCCCGGUUUCCUGCUGCGCUCCGUCGUAGAGGUGGAGCUGGGGGAGGACGCCGCCGACGCCGACUACGACUGGACGCCGGGGCCCGCGGAGCCGUCGGCGUACCCCGGCGGCGACGUCCUGCUCUCCUGCCAGAUGGACUACUCCGUGCUCAUCGGCGACGACCUGUCGGACCCCGAGCGGGAGCGGGCCAAGCUGUGGUGGGCGGCCGCCCUGAGUCUGAAGUCCACCCUGAUCGGCUUCCUCCUGCCCCUCGUGGUCCUGCUGGCGUGCUACUGCUCGCUGGCCCACCUCCUGAGCCGCCACUUCGGCCGCGGGCCCCGGCCCGACCGCCGGCGGCAGCGGCGGCUCCUGCGGGUCAUCGUCAGCCUGGUGCUGGCCUUCUUCCUGUGCUGGCUGCCGCUGCACGUCAACAAGACGGCGGACCUGCUGCUGGAGCUGGGGCUGGUGCCGUACUCCUGCUCCCUGGACCAGGCCCUGCUGGCCGCCCAGCCCUACGUCACGUGCCUGGCCUACCUCAACAGCUGCCUCAACCCGCUGCUGUACGCCGCGUGCGACUCCUCCUUCAGGAGGAGGUGCAGGGAGGCCCUGCUCCUCCAGUGCCCAUCGCGGAGGACCAGGAAGAGGAGGAGUCAGAGGGGGCGCGAAGGGGCGCCGGCCGAGGGAGGAGGAAGAGGAGACGGGGAGGGGGAAGAUGAGAAGAGCUCCGCUUUUCCCACGAGAACUCAGGAGGAGACGGCGGAUGGCAGCGGGGGGGAGGGGGGGAGGGAGGAGGAGGAGGAGGGGAGGAAGGCGAAGAGGAUUGAUGUCGCGUAGCAGGCCAACAUGCCGUCGUAGAGUUCACAUUACAACCCUGACUCAGACAUUCCUGUUGCUGUCCCGUUGACUUUAUGUGUCCCAUGAUGGGUUCAGUCGGAAUGUACUGGAACCAAGUACUACAAUAGUUCAAAGGAAAUGUGACUCACUGAAAAUAGACUAAAUCCCAAGUAUUUAAUGUUAUCUUAGCAUGUUUUAAAGCCGAUGUUGGAUUUAUGAUCCGUCAUCUUUGUAUUCUGUGUAUUUUUUGUUAGAUAUUUGGAUACCAUGUCACAACGUGGUUGGUUGGAUGGUCCCUAGGGUCACAUUGAUCAACUACUAAAUUUCAGUCUGAGACUGGAUCUGGAAAUAUGAAGCCCCACAUUUCAUGUGAUCUGUUAUUAUAGUGUUUUGUUUUUGCUGUAUUUUUGUUUAAUAAAAAUAUUUUUGAAG